AUGUUGGAAUAUGUGGACAUCAAUACACCUCUGCUUUUAGUAAGUUUUUACUAACAUCAUGACCUUUCCCUAGCAAAUCAUGCAGUAAAGUGUGAUACCAGUUAUAUAAAUUGGUCACUGUUGAGUGCGAUUGAUGACAGCGAUUACAGCGCGAUCACUCUUAUCGCACCGCAAUAUCCAGCCAAAGACGGCAAGCGAUUGAUGGCAGCGAUCACUCCCAUCACACCGCGAAUAUAAACGCUGCGAUCGUGCCAUGAAAUCCAGCCAAAAAUACUACAGGAUUUUGACAGCGAUUACGCCAAGAUUGCGGUACGAUUAUAAUAAAAUAUUUUUAAAAAUAUAAUAAAAUAUUUAUAUAGCGCUUAUACUUUUCAGUUCUAAGCGCUUUACAUUACUUCAAAAUAAAUUUUUACAAGGGAAAUACAACGUAACGGUGCUUACUUUUACAAAGCUUUUUUCCUCUAUCAGAAGAUACAGAGAGAGGAAAUCUGAAAAUAUUAAUUACCAAGUUAUUCAUAACCUUUUUAACAGGACCUUGGAAAACUGGCAGAGACAUAUUUUGGUAGACUUAAUUUUAAUAAAUGUGAUUUGGAAUAGACAUUGGUUUUGAAAAAUAGAAGUAUUGUUGAUCAUUAUAAUGGCAACAUGUUUGCAUUCAGUAGACAAUAAAAGUAUAUUAAAUGAACAGAGUAUUAACAUCAUGUGAUUGCAAAAACUGGCAAAGUAAACUCCCUUAGUGCCCCCUAUACAAGGUUGGACAUUGGCGCUCGCCCUCUCGCCCAGGCAAGUUCCGAAAUGGUUGGGCAAGUACAAAUCAAGGAUCGCUCGCCCAGUUCAAUGGCGAGUAUGGUUUUCAUACUAGCACAAUAUACUUAUUCAAAAUUAACGUCACUUUUCACUUUCCACUCAUUUUCUAUUGUGAGCAAUUUUCAACUUGAAUCUGACGUUUGCUGUUUGCGGUAUACGUGAAGCUUAAACUCUCCAUUAAGAGUCACGUUUGCGGCAAGCGGCAAGUGGCAGAUUUCAGAUUGAAGUUGAGAAUUUUUCAGAAAAGAAAAUAAUCAGAUAAAAACUAUCCAGAACAAUUCUUAUGAAUAAAACUGGCAUGAAACUAUGUAUUUUUGAGUUAGAAGUAAUAAACAGUAAACGACAAUUAAGAAGAAAACUGAGGUAUGUCCAAGCUUGCACACAGCAGCAAAAAUUGUGAAAAAUUGGAGAAAUUGUAAUUUUUGCUAAAAUUACUAAAUUCAAGUGCACGAAAAAUUACAAUUUUUGCUGCUGCAUGCAAACCUGGUCAUAAGUGGGAAAACUUGGUCACGCAGUACAAACUCACGUUUGCUGUUUGGCGUAAAUAUGACUCUUAAUCAAUCCAAUGGCUCUAUCUUGCAGCCGCUUUUAGUGUAUAAUUUCGACACUUUGAUUGAGUCUUUUGUUAUUUCCUUUUCCUUUAUUUAAAUAAGGUUUGUUUCAGGGCAUGGUGAGUGAACUUCCAUGCAGUGAAGAGGGGGCUAUAUUUUAUGGUAGAAGUCUGGUUUUGUGAAAACUGAUCUGGGCGAGUGCUCCAAAAUUUUAGUUUCCAACCCAGGUUAUAGUAGCAGUUUUUUAGUAUACUAAGCCUUAGAUAGGGCUAAAGUGACUUGAGUCAAGUCUAAUAUGACCAUUACAUAUUUCCAACUCUUAUUUCCUCAGCAACCUUGUCAGAUCCAGGAGGAUCGCAAUGUGGGAUGCCUGUGCUGUGUAUCUGGUCCACUCAGUACUAUUGUCUAUACCGACAGAGGAGGUUACUUUCCAGGAGAAUCUAUUGGUGUCUCGGCAGUCAUUAAUAAUAAUUUAAAAAAUGAGAUUAUUGGGCUGGUUUGACCCUGCCAGCCCGCGUCGGUUUGACAUUGUUGACUUGAGGGUUGGAGUCCGUUGCGGGUCUACUCUCGACUCGCCUAGCCUCAGCCGUGUAUUGUCCACUUCGUUGGUGAUUUAGGACCUUCAAAAUGGGAAUUUUGGCGAUGUGAAUGAUGGAAAAUGUGCGUUAUUUAUCCGGACAUCUUCUUCUGGUAGAAUUGUCUCCAUGUCGCAAAUGUUAUGGAAUUUAUCGCCGCCAAGAGCGGAGCCGGUCAAGAGAGGUUUGCCAACCUUCUCUUCUCUUCUCUCUACUGUCAUCUGGGUGAAAAACUGUCCCUCAAGAAAGGGCAUUAAACAGUGCCUAGGAGGUCUGAAAUGCAGGACCAGAAUACAAGAAAAGCAAUUAGACGUUAAAGGUGAGCUUUAAAGGGAUAUUCAAUGUACAUUUUGCUAAUUUAGUGAGCAAAGAAUAUUUCUCCCUACAAUGUCUUAUAAUUUUCUUGCAGUAUGAAUAAUUAAUUAGCUUGAUGGAUAGUGUUGUUUUCGGGUUCUUGGCAUCCUAAGAGGCCUGAAAUGCAGUCAACACACAAAGAAAUGUAACAAAAUACUAAAAGGAAAAAUUUAAUGUACGUUUCGCUCAAUUAUGGAGAAAUCAGAUAAUUUUCAUGCAACGUCUUAUAACUGUUGUCCUAUGAAUAAUUAAUUAGCAAAGUAUGCAGGGGGCAAAAAAGUCAGUUUUUCAGCCUGCCAUUUGGACAAGCUGUAGCUAACAUGUAGUAUCCCAUAAGCCAUUUCAACUAGCCCCAAAACCCUUUUUGAUUGCGUUUUGAUUGCCUUUUGAUUGGCUUCUGCAAUUUGAAUUUCCCCCCAAAACUGCACUUGCUUGUCGGGCAAGUUAAGAACAAAAAUCACUAGCCGAAUAGCAAAAUCCACUAGCCCCGGGCUAUCAGACACGACUUUCUUUGCAGGCUGGUAGGAUAAUGUUGUUCAGGGCUCUCAUAAUAAGCUUGGGGUACCUGUGGUGUGACCAUUAAAAUUGAAACUUUUGGCAGAUGACUUUCGAUUCACAUGAUACUAUUUGUCAGGUCAGGGUGGAUUAUAAUGAGUGAUAACACUUAAGUGUAGGGACCUUGCAUAUAAGCAUAUUGAUCAAAUCCUUAAUACACAAGAAAGCUUAACCUCUAGUUGGAGAAGAAAAAAAUUCCUGAAAGGCUGCCUGUUUAUAUUUGUAUUUGAUGGAGUUGAAAUCAUACUUCGAUUUGGCUGAACUGUCAAACACCCAGCUACUUUGAAGCAAUACCCCUAAAACAGUGGCUUGUGGCUACAUGGCUACAUAGCCACUUAGCCGUGAGAGAGCUUUCACUCUGCUGUAACUCUUACUUUGCAAACCACAAAAUAAAAACAAACCAUGCGUCCCAUAGCCACGUAGCCACUGUUUUAGGGGUAUAGGUUAAAAGUGGCUGCAGUUACUCCCAUGAUUUUUAUCUUCAUCAUCACCAUCAUCAAUUUCAUUCAUUUCUAGGAGAACAAAAACUCUGGGAUGAUAAGGUUGCAUCAAUUCAUGUUCAAGAACGAGUGAAGCCUGGGGAAGAGACUCGGAUGCCAAUGGUACCACUUCCAGUCCCCUCUCUACCCCCAACCAUGACGAGUUGCAGUUGCAUAAAGAUAUCAUAUUUUCUACGGGUAAUUUACCCAUUUUCUGUCCAUUUUGCUGAAUUUGUUUUUGAUGACUGUCAUUUGCUGCCUUGCCAACAUUUUCCCUUAAGUCAAACCUACCGUAGUUGUUCUGGUUUGAAUGACAUUUGGGGUGAAUUCAUCUGGUGAUGGAAUGUUUUUAGUACAGCUAAGAACUGCUGUCUUGCGCCAUGUAAGGGAAUCCUUGUUCCAGAAUCUGGUAAAAUUUUUCUUAUGGAAUCCAGAAUCCAGCUCAAGGAAUCCAGCAUCCCAAUAACGAUUGGAAUCCAGAAUCCAAGUUCUACUGACAAGUAUUGGAACCAGCACCUGGAAUCCGGAUCCACGGCGUGGAAUCCAGAAUUCAAGACUGUCCUAGAUACCCUUACAUAGGGCGACCUGUUACUCAAACUACAUUUUUUCCUGUUAGCAGAGACCUCACAUGGUGGAAAAAAAGAGAGAAAUAAGAUAGUCCUCUCUCCUUCAUCCUUUCAUUUUUCUUUUGCCUUGAAACCUCAGCUAGCAAGGAGCAAUUACGCCUUUAAGUGCCGAGGUUUGUUUCAUUCAUUAGCAAACGAAUCCUGAAGAUGUUACAAAUAAGCUGAGUUGGAAUGGCCAAUAGAAAAUUAUUCUCCUUGUCUUUCACAGAUAUGUAAUGGGGAGUGUGCAGAGUUGAUAUAAAAUCGAGUUAAAAGCCAACAGUUGUAGGUCAGUUCUAUUUCGUUGCUUAUUUAGUUUUCUUGCCACCUCUCGACAGCUGAAAGUUAGAGUGAAGGGUGCCUCCAACUCAACAUUAUACAUUCCAAUCACAAUUGGCUCAGUUCCAUAUCGGCCGCGCCUUCCAGCCCAAUACCCACCCCCAGGUGCUGCUUUGACUCCUAGCGCCCCACCAAUGGCCGGAUUUGACGCAGCAUCAGCGUAUCCACCAGCCGCUGCACAGUAUGGUGACCCUGCACAGAAUUAUCCAAAUAUUGGUAAGAAACAUUUUGUAUCGUGACUACCGUAGUAUUUCCAAAUUAAUCCAACCCACCCAGCCCCACAAAAAUUAUGGCUAUCCGUUAGGGAGUGGUUACGCUAGACCUUUUCCCCAAAACGGAUUGGGCUCGCUCUGGGAUCUGAUCACUUUCAUGUUUUCGGUUACACGCCGAUAAAUUGCCCAAGGGGAAGAAAAGCUUGGACCCGGUUUCGCGGGGGUCAAUUUAUAAAAAGAAAGAAAAAAACUGGCUCCAGAACUCUUCGACAUAAGAUUUUGCUUAUGAAACAUUUGUUGUUUUUGAUUUCAGCUCCUCCUUCGUACGCAGAGUGUGUGAGCGGUGGAGCGUCAAUUGAUGACGAGGGCGAUAAAAAGACGCUGGGUGAUACCAGCUUUACACCAAUGUACCCAUUUGUUAAUAACUACCAAUUUCCCUCUGCACCGCCUCCCUCAUUUCCCUAA